GAUAGUGAUUGUUCAUUAGAGGAAAUACUCUACUUGUCAAAAUAAUGCAAUUAUUGAGAGGUGAUACAAUUUUGAAUCAUUUGAUACUUGAGUAUUAUUGCACAGGGGAGUGCUCACUUCUGUUGUAUUUGAUAGGCCUACUUCUAGAACACAUUGCGUCAGACACAGCAAUCUGUUGCUACGUUGAGUCGCCUUUCUUUCCACUAACUAGGCAUAUGUUCAUACUGACUGUGCCUUAUUUAGAACAAGAGGCUCACUUCAAUGCGCAAAUGGUCAUAAAUCGUGUCAGAUAUCGAACUUCAAACUGGCACAUUUGCGAAUUAUUGGCAUAUUACAUUCUAAAGAGGAUAAUUCUAACAUGUAACAGCAGUAGUGUCUCUUACCGUCAGCGCUCGUAGAGUUUAAUUUAUCGUAUGGUAAAAUGACCUAGGAAUUUGUGGGUGACUUGAUAGCAUGCCAACAUUUGGCUCUCAGAAUAUCCCCCUUGCACUGCAGGGGCUACCAGACAUAUUCAGACAACGCCAUGAAUUGAUAGCUUGAAAAUUCGAGCACCCCCUACGAAGCAACCGGUAUUUAAGUAAUUUAAUAUUCGCGAUUGUACAAGAAUUUGACACCAAACGCAAAGUUUUGGAUUCCUACGACUGCGCGCAAUCAAGACUUUGGAUCAAUAUUCAGGCACGCAAUAUCGGUAGAAUGGCUACUCGGAAUUAUCUUUGGACAAGCGAUACCCGACGUUCAAUCAAACCGGAGAUUGACUACAGUUCUCCUGGACUUGCCGUUAUGGAGAUCGAGCGUCUCCUUUUCACCGGAAGAGUAAUCAAUAGUCAUGCCGAUGAAGUUUGGCCAAGACUUUACAUAGGGGAUUAUGAUAGCGCAGAAAAUCGCAGUGAGCUGACAGUCCGUGGCUUCUCGCAUAUUGUGAACUGCGCGCAUAGCACCCGGCGUGGGGGCCCCGACUUCUACAAAGGCAUGAACAUUACAUACAUGGGCAUCGAAGCCCACGAUUCUCCUGCAUACGACAUGAGCGUAAACUUCAACAAGGCUGCUAACUUCAUUCACAAAGCACUCAAUGGAAGAGGUAAAGUCCUGGUCCAUUGCCACGUAGGUGUGAGUCGCUCCGCUACAGUGGUCCUGGCUUACUUGAUGCUGAAGCACAACAUGACCUUGGUGGAUGCCAUCACUACUGUGAAGGAGGGUCGUGGCAUCAUUCCCAACCGCGGCUUUCUGCGACAGCUCAUUGACCUGCAGAUCCAACUCUAUGGCAAACAUAGCCACUAAAACAAGCCAUAAAAGAAUCAGACAACAAUUUAAUUUAAAUUUAAAUAUGGAUUAGCCCUCUGCUGCAUGAAUUAUUACUGAUACAUUUAAAUAUGUUUUAUUGUAUUUUUAUUACUUAAAAUGACUUAAAUUAUGGGAAAAGUGCAUUUUUUAAAUGAGGGUAGUUGGUAAAUUGUUGCCAUAUGUCAACAAUAGGCUGCAGUGGAAAAGUGCUGUAAAAUCUAAGUUUUCCUUGGAAAAGAAAUGUCUCAUUAGAAAAAUAAUAAAUAAAGCCUAUCUUAAUUUUACUCUGAGAAAUCAAUUUAUACACCUAAAAUAAUAUGAAUUCAAUUCAAUUGUAAUUUGGGCUAUAAGAUAGGCCCAAUGAUGACAUUAAUAAUAUUGUGACAUAGUGUAAUCUGUCUUGAAAACUUACAGAGACAUAACUGUUUAUAUUGAAUAUUUUCACAUCAUUUAGAUGUAAUUCAUGUCUGUUUUUACUUUCAUUUCAAAUCUGUCCGGGGGUUCUGGCAGUCAGAGUGAAUACUCAACCGUAGCGACACCACAGUCACACAGCCCUCCCCUGCAGGAGGUGCGCCUAUGCCCUUCACACACACAGGGACAUGCAGGCGUCCCACACAGACCCCUACCAUACUUCUACCAUCCCAGGGAGCCCAAUCACUAGUACUUCAUCCAUCUCUGGGGUCCCUCACACAAGGGUCAACCUAUCCUGGGGUAACUUGUACGGUUCAUACCGGGGACGCACCGGGCAAGCCUCUGAUGGCCCCACGGCAAGCCGACCCACUUCUUACACUAUUUCUAUUGAAGGGAGAGAGCACUCACCCCUCCCUCCAUCCACUACACACGUCAAUGUCGUUAUCCUCAUCACUGCCAACUUGCUCAUCCUCACUCUUCUCUGUUGGAAGAGCUAACACUGUGCUUUUCUUCCUUUCCUGUCUUCCUUUUCACAAAUAAAUA